CUUCUGCUCUUCUGUACAAACACAACCAGGACUGAACACCACAGACAGACAGAUACAAGGAGUGAGAGACAGACAGACAGACAGGCAGACAGACAGAUAGACAGACAGGCAGACAGGCAGACAGACAGACAAGCAGACAGACAGGAAGACAGACAGACAGACAGACAGACAGGCAGACAGACAGAUAGACAGGCAGGCAGACAGGCGGACAGACAGGAAGAUAGACAGACAGAGAGGAAGAGAGAGAGACAGGCAGACACACAGACACACAUACACACACAGGCAGACAGACAGGCAGGCAUACAGACAGGAAGACAGACGGGCAGACAGAUAGGCAGGCAGACAGACUGGAAGACAGACAGACAAACAGGAAGAGAGACAGACAGGCAGACACACAGACACACACACACACACACACACACACACACACAGGCAGACAGACAGGCAGGCAUACAGACAGGAAGACAGACAGGCAGACGGACAGACAGGCAGACAGACAGAGAGACAGACAGACAGCUUUGAGCAUUAGUGUGGAAUGUAAAAUGAGCUCUUUCUGUAUCUCAUCAGUGAAGAUUCAGGAGGAGAUACUAUACUGACGUGUGUGUGUGUGUGUGUGUGUGUGUGUGUGAAUUUCCCCAUUUGGAUGUGCAGUGUCUCAUUUAUCCAAAGAAACGGAGAAAGGAGGAGGUGGAGGGAUGCAGUUACCAUGACAACGCCGCUGUGUAUUCAGUGAGAAAUGUGAUUGGACGAGACGGACAGAGCGGGCGAGCUGGAUAAAAAAAUCAGAAGAAAAAGCCUCGUAUAUGAGGAUCUCAUUUUCUUCUGUUCCAGAAACAGCAGGCUUCCCAUCGGCAUCCUCUUCCUCAAAACACACACACACGCUCCAGAGUGUCACACACUCACUCACACACACACACACACACACACACACACACACACACGCCACCUGGAUCCAGCAUGGCAACCAUCACCUGCACUCGCUUCACAGAGGAGUACCAGCUCUAUGAAGAACUGGGCAAGGGAGCGUUUUCUGUGGUGCGCAGGUGUGUGAAAGUCCUCUCAGCGCAGGAAUACGCCGCUAAGAUCAUCAACACCAAGAAGCUCUCGGCCAGAGAUCACCAGAAGCUGGACAGAGAGGCUCGGAUCUGUCGGCUGCUCAAACACCCAAACAUCGUGCGGCUCCAUGACAGCAUCUCAGAGGAGGCGCAUCAUUACCUCAUCUUUGACCUUGUGACGGGUGGAGAACUGUUUGAGGACAUCGUGGCCAGAGAAUAUUACAGUGAGGCAGAUGCCAGUCACUGUAUUCAGCAGAUCCUGGAGGCGGUGCUUCACUGUCAUCAGAUGGGUGUCGUUCACCGAGAUCUAAAGCCAGAGAAUCUCCUCCUGGCGUCCAAGUCCAAAGGUGCGGCGGUGAAGUUAGCAGAUUUUGGAUUGGCGAUUGAAGUAGAAGGAGACCAGCAGGCGUGGUUCGGCUUUGCUGGGACUCCGGGUUAUCUCUCACCUGAAGUGUUACGGAAAGAUCCGUAUGGUAAAGCUGUGGACCUGUGGGCCUGUGGUGUGAUUCUUUACAUUCUGCUGGUUGGAUAUCCGCCGUUCUGGGAUGAAGAUCAGCAUCGACUCUAUCAGCAGAUCAAAGCUGGAGCUUAUGAUUUUCCUUCUCCUGAGUGGGACACGGUCACUCCUGAAGCUAAAGAUCUCAUUAAUAAAAUGCUGACCAUCAAUCCAGCAAAGAGAAUCACUGCAGCCGAGGCACUGAAACACCCCUGGAUCUCUCACCGCUCCACCGUGGCCUCCUGCAUGCACAGACAGGAAACUGUGGAGUGUCUGAAGAAGUUCAACGCCCGCCGGAAGCUGAAGGGUGCAAUUCUCACCACCAUGCUCGCCACCAGAAACUUCUCAGGAGGGAAGAGUGGUGCCAACAAGAAGACUGACGGAGUGAAGGAAUCUUCAGAGAGCUCAAACACCACUAUCGAAGAUGAAGACACCAGGGUGAGGAAACAGGAGAUCAUUAAAGUGACCGAGCAGCUCAUUGAGGCCAUCAGCAAUGGAGACUUUGAGAGUUACACGAAGAUGUGUGAUCCCAGUGUAACGGCCUUCGAGCCUGAAGCGUUGGGUAAUCUGGUGGAGGGACUCGACUUCCAUCGCUUCUACUUUGAGAACUUGUGGUCUAAGAACAGUAAGCCGGUACACACCACCAUCCUGAACCCUCACAUCCACCUGAUCGGAGACGAGGCCGCGUGCAUCGCCUACAUCCGCAUCACGCAGUUUAUCGAUGCUAACGGGACGCCGCGCUCCGCUCAGGCCGAGGAAUCUCGCGUGUGGCACCGACGUGACGGAAAAUGGCAGAUCGUCCACUUCCACCGCUCUGGGGCGCCCUCUACCAUCACCAAGUAA